AUGGCGGAUAACGAUAAAAAGAAAAAGAAGUCACAGAGUUUGGCUGAUGUGCAGCAUUCUGAAAACUUUCUGCUACAGCCUUCUACAAAGGUUGACAAGUUAGAUUCCUCACAAUGGCCUCUGCUGUUGAAGAAUGUUGACAAACUCAAUGUCAGAACAGCCCAUUACACCCCCAUACCUACAGGGUGCUCUCCCUUGAAACGACCAAUUGAUGAAUAUGUCAGGAGUGGGUUUUUCAAUUUAGAUAAACCAGCUAACCCCUCAUCUCAUGAAGUUGUGGCCUGGAUUAAACGUAUCCUGAGAGUGGAAAAAACUGGUCACAGUGGAACUCUUGAUCCUAAAGUGACAGGAUGUCUCAUUGUCUGCAUACAGAGAGCAACACGAUUAGUCAAAUCUCAGCAAGGGGCAGGAAAGGAGUAUGUGUGUAUAUUUCGUCUUCACAGUCCAGUGGAAGAUGAGCGUUUGGUUUCACAGAAACUAGAGAUGUUGACAGGAGCUUUAUUCCAGAGACCUCCACUGAUAUCAGCUGUGAAGCGCCAGCUGAGAAUAAGAACAGUUUACGAGUGUAAUAUGUUGGAGUAUGACAAAGAGAAGGGCAUGGGCAUUUUCUGGGUAAGCUGUGAGGCCGGCACAUACAUUAGGACAAUGUGUGUCCAUCUGGGACUUUUCCUUGGGGUCGGAGGUCAGAUGCAGGAACUGCGGCGUGUGCGGUCAGGCAUUCAGUCUGAGAAGGAGGGAUUGGUGACCAUGCAUGAUAUUCUUGAUGCUCAGUGGAUAUAUGAUAACCACAAAGAUGAAACCUAUCUACGCCGCAUCAUCAGACCUCUCGAGGCUCUCCUCACAGCUCACAAACGUAUCAUUAUGAAGGACACAGCUGUAAACGCUGUGUGUUACGGGGCUAAAAUCAUGUUGCCAGGAGUGCUGCGAUACGAAGAUGGUAUUGAAAUCAAUGAUGAAAUAGUCAUAAUUACAACAAAAGGAGAGGCUGUAGCCCUAGCAAUUGCUCAGAUGACCACUGCAGUGAUGUCAACUUGUGACCAUGGAGUUGUAGCCAAAAUCAAACGUGUGAUCAUGGAGAGGGACACAUACCCAAGGAAAUGGAAACUUGGACCAGUAUCCAGUAAAAAACAGAAAAUGAAAGCUGAAGGACUACUAGAUAAACACGGAAAACCAAAUGAGAAAACUCCUAAAGAUUGGAUAAGUUCUUAUCAUGACUACAGUUCAGUGAAGAUAGAAAAAUCGAAUGAUACAGGAGCUGUUCCUCCAUCCACACCUGUCCAGACAAACAAGAGAAAGUUGGACACUAGUAGCUCAGACGAAAGUGAGCCACCGACCCCUAAAACUCCAGCCACACCAUCACCUGAAACACCCAGCUCCAAAGACAAGAAGAAAAAGAAAAAGAAGAAGAAAGAACAGGAUGAAGAGGAGGAAGCUUCAGCAGCAGAUACAUCUAUGGUAGAGGCAUCAUCAGAGAAAAAGAAGAAGAAGAAAAAGAAACACAAGAAAAUGAAAGAAGAUGACAGCGAAUGAAAGAGGUUUUGUGAGGCUGAUGGAAUGAAUGCUGUGAAAAUGUGAAAGUAGUGAGAGAAAAUAGUUCCUGCUGGAAAUGUUCAGACAUCUUAUUGACAUUAUCUCUGGCUUGUGAGACCCUGACAUUGUCAAUCUACAUGGAGAAUGACCUUGGAGUACCAUUAUCAUUCACUGAAGAUACUGUUGUUCCUUGUGUUGUAAAAUUUCAGGCUGUUCUGCUUCCGAGUGUGGCAUCUUUCCAGACCCUGUACAUAAAGCAGAAUACAUGCUCAGUGAUAACUAUAUCUUAAUUGUAUAGAAAGUUGAAAGAUUAUUUUUUUAUAAGUUCUUAGUUCUCAUUUACUCCAAUUUCAUAGGUAGUUCUAUAUUAGUAACAUGCAAGUAAAAUUCUUAAGUUAUGGGUCAUUCAUGCUUAUUUAACUAGGAAGAAUUUUGAUUGAAAUUUUUACCAAAACAGAAAGAUCUAUGUUCCAGAGUUUUAUCUAACUUCAGUAGAUUUUUGGUGAGAAAAAAAAUUUUAAGCAAAAUUCUGAAGAUGAACUUAUUUUGAAUUCUUUUACAAUAGAUUCUUCACUCAGGACUUCUGUUUUAUGAUAAAGAAUACACCUCUUUUCCAUGCCUUUCACAAUAUCAGAUGUUCCAUGUUUCUUCUUGGUUGCCAGCGAGGGCUUUGGUAUCACUCCAACACCUCUAGUCAAACAGUGACUCUAAAAAUUUAUACAGUAAACUUCGAUGUUUUUAAGUUCAAGGGACUACCAAAAAAAACUUUGGUACAUUGAGACUUCAAAUCAUGUAUGGUGGGUUAUAGCGACAUUUUUAUGUUCAUAGCUAUAUAUAUGUAUAUAUUUUUACCUAAACAGACAACAAGCACCAAAACACAAGAUUAAAUAGAAAUCAACAGGAAAUUGAUCCUUCAUGUCACACAGUAUAUGGUUGAUCUUAAAUGAAAUGACGCACAGCAUUAAAGAGGUCUUAAAGUGGCAAUGAACAUCACACUAUGUCUCAUUAUUUUUGAUAAAAUACCGUGGCUUGUAAGUAAACAUUUAGAUUUAGAUCCAUGUCCAGUCAUUAAUUAACCCCGAAACACAGCUAGUGAUACAGAGCUAUGAUAAUCCUAAUGUCUGGCAGCACUCUUCAUUGGAAUGUAUGAAAUUUUGCCGCGGGGCGAAAAUACUUGUACAGUGCAGGUAAAUGUUUUGUUCGAAUCAUGAGGUGAUGUCAAUGACUAUGUUAUCAUAGCUUAUGGUCUGUGAAAAAACUUUGAUGCAUCGAAAAGUUUGAUUUAUAAAACUUUGAUUCAUAAGAGGGUAAGUUAGUAAUAUGUAGGAAUAGGAUUUGGGACCAGACAAAAACUUUGAUACAUCAAGAAAUUUGAAUCCUUUGAUUUUUAAUUCUAGAAGUUUGGCUGUAUUCCCAGUUUCUGUGUGUGUAAGCGACAUUGAAUGGUGCUAUUGUUUUCAUGGAAUGGAAUGGUCAGUUCACAAAUGUAGCUGUAAUCCAUGGUCAUUAAAAGGCAGUGAUUGAAGAAAAACAGUCUUAUAUAUUUUUACCGCUUUCUACAUAUAAGGGAACAUCAUACCUUGUAAAAUAUUAAGCUUUUCUUGUUAAAAAUCAUCAGCACUGGGUAAGAUUAUGAAAGUAAAGUUGUCAUGUUUAUAGUUUGUACAGUCUAGAAUUGAGUAACAUUGAGAAAGUAAGAAGUUGUUACGAUAAUAGUUUGUACAGUCUAGUAUUGAGUAACAUUGAGAAAAUACAAAGUUGUUACAAUAAUAUUUUGUACAGUCUAGUAUUGAGUUACAUUGAGAAAGUACAAAGUUGUUACAAUAAUAUUUUGUACAGUCUAGCACCAAUUAAGACUGUAAAAGUAGAGAGUUGUCAUGUUACUAGUUUGUACAAUCUUAUGUUGGUGCAAUAAUAUUGUGUUCAAAAGUUAUCUUACAUUUUGUUUCAUUGUUAAAAGUUUUACUGUAUGAAAUAGAUGGAAAAUUGUAAAAACUACAUUAUAAUACAAAUCCAAAUAUUCUGAUCUAGAUUUGGAAACUAAGAAUCUCUUACUUGUAACUAAAGCACUACAGAAGAAAACAUUUUUACUUUAUUAACCGAGAGCAGUUUACAAAUCUCUUAAAUGGAACAAUAUAUAAUUUUAAUUCAUCAUUAAUUGUUUUCAUCAGUUAUAACAUUUCUUGUAGCUCACAAACCUGUAAGUGUAGGAUGAGUUGAUACAUACCAAGUGUACUAUCACAUCAGACGUAUUCAUAAAACAUGGUGUUUGAUUUCAUUUAUAUCUCAUUCUACUGGACAUCAUGUAAAACGAAUUUACAACAGGUGUCUUCAUUGUGUUUCAUUUCAUUUAUAUCUCAUUCUACUGGACAUCAUGUAAAACAAAUUUACAACAGGUGUCUACAUGGUGUUUCACUUAUAUCUCAUUCUACUUAACACCAUGUACAAACAUAUUAACAACAGAUGUUUUAACCUUAACACUAGGGUAGAAAUAUUUAAAACAUCUUCAGUUAUUUUUGUUAUCUAUUUAUAGAUGAUGAAUGGUUGUAGACAAGUGACUAUUCUAGAUGUUUAAAGUGACUGUUUUAGACACUUUAAGUCCGAUAUAUUGACAUCAAAUAAAAUAGAUCAUUGACAUCAAACAAAAAAGAUCAUUAACAUCAAACAAAAUAUAUUAUUGACAUCAAACAAAAAAGAUCAUUGACAUCAAACAAAAUAUAUUAUUGACAUCAAACAAAAUAUAUUAUUGAAAUCAAACAAAAUAGAUCGACAUCAAACAAAAAGAUCAUUGACAUCAAACAAAAUAUAUUAUUGACAUCAAACAAAAUAGAUCGACAUCAAACAAAAUAGAUCAUUGACAUCAAACAAAAAGAUCAUUGACAUCAAACAAAAUAGAUCAUUGACAUCAAACCAAAAUAGAUCAUUGACAUCAAACAAAAUAGAUUAUUGACAUCAAACAAAAAAGAUCAUUGACAUCAAACAAAAUAGAUUAUUGACAUCAAACAAAAUAGAUCAUGUUGCUUUGAAUUUCUGUGGUGAACACAAGUCAUUUAGACUGUCUUUCCAUGUACAUCUGUUUGAGCUAACAAGAUUUUAAAAAAAGGCUUUUGAGGAGAAAUGUAUAUAAACUUCCUGAUCAUUACAGGUAAUAAAAAAAUCCAAAAUUCCAA